UGCUCCGAUUGGCUGAUGCGCGUAUACAUAGGGCCUGCUAACGAUGAUGAAAUCAUUGUACAGCUGGUCGAUCCGUACCAUACGUUUUGCAGCAGUACCGCAAAUCAAUCGGACUAUCACAGAAUGAAGAUGGACACACUGUUGGGAGGUUUAGAUCAUUUAGACAAGAAAAAGACUGUCUGGGUUUUUGGUUAUGGCUCUCUGAUGUGGAAUCCUAAUUUUAAUUUUCAAAGAAAACUGACAGGACACAUUAAUGGCUUUGUGAGGAGAUUUUGGCAGGGGAACACGACACACAGAGGUACAUUAGAAAAGCCCGGAAGAGUCGCAACACUGGCUAAACAACAUCAGGGUUGUGUGUGGGGCGUGGCCUUCCAGAUGGUGGGCGUGGACCAGAUUCGGGAGGGACUGGACUACCUGUAUACCCGGGAAGCCGUCCUUGGAGGAUACGAGGCGUUCGUUACCAAGUUCCAUGUUCGCGGCACCAAUGACUUACCUGUAGAUGUACUUGUUUUCACCGCAACCAGUUCCAGUCACCUAUAUAUGGGGCCUGCUGACACGAAUGUUAUGGCCGAGCAAAUUUUCAACACUCGUGGUCAGGCUGGUCCUAACACUGAUUACGUCACAAAUAUUGCUGACUACAUCAGGAAACACAUUCCAGAGGACAAUGAUGACCACCUGUUUUCAUUAGAUCAGACAUUGCGAUAUUUAAUUACAUCAUCUGGAAAUUCCAGCGCCUCAAAAAAUGACUGCAAGGUUUCAGUGUCGAAAACUGAACAAGAAUACAUCACAGAAAUUGUGAAACACUCACUAUCAAUGUCAAAAGCAGGAACGGAGAACAGAAAGAAAUAUGACCACUCCGUACCUAGUGAACAUUACAAAGAUAUAAACGUUGACCUUUCUCUCAAUGCCAAAUCGACGAAGCAUUUUAGCUUAACCACAGACAUUGUUACGACGGAGCAUUAUAAACUACAGACAGCGCAAGCAUAGUGUUCAGUAUUAUUUUAUUUUUUUCAUUUUGUUACACGAAAGUGCUUAUAGUAUCAGUAUUAUAGCUUUUUUAAAAGUGCUAUGUCGACAUUAAAUUCUGAAGAAAAACUGUUGUUGUUUAUGAAAUUUGCUUACUUGUACUCUUCACCGCCGUGGCCGAGCGGUUUUGUAAAUUUUUGAUGGCAAUAUCUUUUAACCUUUUGUGCCCUAUGUGAUCUAAACUUUAAAAAAAUAUGUUUGCAAUUAGUUUGCAAAUAUUGACUUGGGAUACAUGCAAGUAGUACAAAAGGUCAUACAUGCAAGUAGUACAAAAGGUCACACAUUUUCGUGGUAACUGGUCCCAUCACAUUCACAAAUGAAUAAAAAUACAGGUAUAUUAAGUGCAAUUACGCGUAAAGAGGAUGGAGCCGGUUGAAGCCGUAUAUAUCGUAAUUAACAGUGCCACAUGUCGACAUGUUAUUGAUCUGCACAAGUAAAAUGUAUAUAUACCUGUGCUGGAACACAUUUUGACGUUUUACAUAAAACCUGGAAUCGUGUCUAUAUAUUGAACUAAGUAUUUAUUGACCAAAGACUCAAUACUAGAUGGCAUUGCUGUCAAACGUUAUGAUCUUGACAUCUGGCGCUAUCUUGGCAUAUAUAUAUAUAUACCAAAUGUUAACAGGGGCCUGUUCGUUCAUGGGGAACAACCGCUUUGUCUGUUGCAUUUGAACAUUUUUCGGUAUAAAUCCUGGCGGACCUACAAAAGUUUAUAAAGGCCUUGUAAGGCAUUGUUAAGGCUCGCCUGAAAACAGUAUCUGUCUACUAGGUCCGACCUUAUUUCAUAAACGAACCCCCCUGGUCUAACCGGUUCAAACGUUUGAAUCGCGAUAAACGAAAGCGGCCAAUGGCACCGACAACUAACGUAAUCAUGACCUUUAUACGAUGUUACCUUGACAACUGAUAUAACUAAACAUGACCUUAUGUGACGUUAUCAUGACCUUUAUACGAUGCUACAUUGACAACUGAUAUAACUAAACAUGACCUUAUGUGACGUUAUCAUGACCUUUAUGCGAUGUUACCUUGAAAUCUUAUAUAACUAAACAUGGCCUUAUGUGACGUUAUCAUGACCUGUAUACGAUUUUACCUUGACAACUGAUAUAACUAAACAUGACCUUAUG